AUGGAAGAGCCCACCACUCGUCAUACAGCUGCACCAGGCCGUUCGUGUGCUGCCUGCAGGAAACGCAAGAUCCGGUGUAACCGCGAGCAGCCCUGCAGUUACUGCACCAAACUGCACAGGCAGUGCAUUUACCCCGAGUCGGUAUCAGAAGCCCAACCGGACAACAGCAAUGAUGUCGACUCGAGGCUCGCAAGGAUCGAGGCAUCUCUACAACGACUAGAAACGAGGACAGCGACAUGGGAAAGUCUCCAGCCGGGAAGAGAUCAAUCCUCCUCCAAUACAGUCGAUGAUAUUUCUGCCGAAACCCAGGUCAGUCCAGAGCCAGAAUGUGGCGAUCUUACCUCGGAUGAACAUAGUCGGUAUGGGCAUGUCACAAGUAACCUGUGGACCGACCUCGACGUUCAAGAGGAUCAGAACGAACAAGCCACAGACUUGGGCAAAAUCGCAGUUGCCAGUCCUUCAGUGCCGUCCCACACUACGAGCGAGCCUCGUCGUCGUCCUCAUGGCCUCGUCCCCGGCUUCGGCUUCAGCUUCAUGUCCUCGGACCUCCGACAGCUCCACCCUGCAGAGAACCGCAUCUUCUCUCUUUGGCAGGUGUUCUUGGAAAGUGUCGAUCCUGUAUUGAAGCUCAUUCACACUCCUGUCACCCAACGCCAAAUCAUGUGGGCGACCUUGUCCACAGACCCUAUCCCGCCCGCCUUUGAAAGUUUGAUGUUCUCCAUCUACUACGCUGCUGUCACCAGUAUGCAGUGUUCAGUUUCUUGCAAGACCCUCCUGCAGGAAGAGAGACAAGACCUGCUUGACCGCUACCGGUACGGCCUGGAGCAAGCGCUGGCAAGGGCGGAUUUCUUGAGUGCUCCUGAUGUUCAGACCCUCCAAGCCUUGACCCUGUACCUGAUAUGUGCUCGACAGUCGUUGGACAAAACUUAUGUCUGGACAAUGACCGGGCUUGCCAUCCGUGUGGCUACAAAGCUAGGCCUCCAUCGUGACCCAAUGGCUCUAGGACUCCCGCCAUUCGUGUCCGAAAUGCGAAGACGCUUGUGGUGGCAGAUAUGUAUCCUGGACGUACGGACCGCGGAAGAGAAUGACAUGGACCCGGUGAUAUGCGAGCACAGUUUCGACACCGAGCUCCCUUCUAACGUGAACGACACUGAUCUGGAUGUGGACAUGGUCCAUCCAGCCGUUGUAAGACGCGACCGUACGGAGAUGUUGUUCACUCUAACCCGCUUUGAACUGAGUUAUGCAGUAAGAAAAUGGGUGUUCUCUCCGAAAUUCACCAAGGACAAUGGUUACACAGCCACAUCAUUGCACGACAAGAAUGAGUCGGUCGACACUUUGCAAAAGACUCUUGAGGAAAGGUAUCUGCAGCAAUGCGAUACCAGAGUUCCCAUCUGUUUCCUCACCGUCACAACCAUGCGCAUGGUCAUAGCAAAAAUCAAGCUCACCAUCAAUCACCCUGCAUGGAGCGGCUCUUCGGGGCCUUCUCGAGAUCGGCUUCUUGAUCUAGUCAAAAGCAGCGUCGAAAUCAUUGAGUAUGCGCACACUCUUCGCUCAAGCGACAAAUAUUCGCGAUGGGUCUGGUUAUUUCAGAAGUAUAUUGAGUGGGAUGCAGUAGCUUUCUUGCUCCAUAGCCUGAAUGCUUCUCCUGUACCUGCAUUGGCCGAACGAGCUUGGAAAGCAGUGGAAAUUUUCUUCCACGAUUGGCGAGCUCACUAUACGGAUGAACAACGCUGGCGACGCUUACAAAGACUAAGGGCGAAAGCAGUCACUAAGAGACAUAUUAAAAGCUCCGCGUUGGAAACGCAGAAUGAAGAUACCCCAGCCAACGUGACAAUACAACAAUCUGUUGAAGAGCACGCUGAAGAUAUCUCGGCGCAAACACCACUGGUGAAUUCGCGCAGGAACGCUACUAUGCUGGCGCACAAGGAUGCUUCCACCAGCUCAAAUCCCCCACGUGUAAAUAUGCACGCAACUGUGGCGGAUAAAUCUGACGCUGUUUCUUUCAGAGGUGAGUUGGAUUGGGACUUCGACACCCUACCACUUGCGAUGCAAGGAGCACCCAGCUGGGAAAUGGAUGUGGACGAAGAAACAUUCGCUUCAUGGGUGUAA